UGCUGUUGUUCUCAGUGUUUCCAUGAAGGGGUCAGAGUUCAGGAGUCCUCUCGGUGUUCCGCUGCUCGUUGUCUGGUCUCUUCUUCUUGUCUUCUGAUAAGCAUCAUGUCUUCAGUGGAGGCUCGCGCUGCGCUCUCGGUCCCAGGGAACCCGGGGAAGAGGUCUCAGAACCCGGCAGCAGGUCUACGGAGAGCCGCUCUGGGAGAGAUCACUAACUGUCCUGCAGCUGGGCUCAACACUAAGAAAACAGGACGAACCAAAGCCUCCGCCAAACCGUCCGCCGCUCCAAAAACCAAGCCGGUCCAGGCGGUACCUCCUGUAGUCCAGGUCCCAGCUCCUGCAGACCCCCUCCCCUCGGUCUCAGAGGAGUCCGCUGACGUGUCCAUGAAGGAGGAGGAGCAGCUGUGUCAGGCGUUCUCUGAGGCGCUGCUCACCGUGCAGGACGUGGACGAGCAGGACGCCGACCAGCCGCAGCUCUGCUCCGAAUACGUCAAAGAGAUCUACAAAUACCUGCACGCCCUGGAGGAGCAGCAGGCCGUACGAGCUCACUACAUGCAGGGGUACGAGAUCACUGAACGCAUGCGAGCUCUGCUGGUGGACUGGCUGGUCCAGGUUCACUCCAGGUUCCAGCUGCUGCAGGAGACUCUGUACCUCACGGUGGCCCUCCUGGACCGGUUCCUCCAGGUCCAGCCGGUCUCUCGCAGGAAGCUGCAGCUGGCCGGUGUCACCGCCAUGCUGGUGGCGUGUAAAUACGAGGAGAUGUACGCUCCGGAGGUGGGAGACUUCGCCUACAUCACAGACAACGCCUUCACCAAGUCUCAGAUCCUGGAGAUGGAGCAGCUGGUUCUGAGGAGCCUCAACUUCCAGCUGGGCCGUCCUCUUCCUCUGCACUUCCUCAGACGGGCUUCAAAGGUGGCCAACUCUGACGUAGAGCGCCACACUCUGGCCAAAUACCUGAUGGAGCUGACCCUGGUGGACUACGACAUGGUUCACUAUCGACCCUCGGAGAUCGCCGCCGCCUCCAUGUGUCUCUCCCAGCUGCUGCUGGACGGUCUGCCCUGGUCUCCCACUCAGCAGCAUUACUCCACGUACGCCGAGGCUCACCUGAAGCCCAUCAUGCAGCACAUCGCCAAGAACGUGGUGACGGUGAACGAGGGGAAGACCAAGUUCCAGGCGGUGAAGAACAAAUACUCGAGCAGCAGACUGAUGAAGAUCAGCCUCCUCCCUCAGCUGAAGUCUCCCGUCGUGGUGAACAUGGCGGCCGCUCUGCUCAAACCCUGACCUUCCACCGGAGGACUUUUCACUCGCACUUUAUUUUGGAGGAGCUCGCCUGAGGAGAGGAUUCUCUCGUUUUUAAUAAAUCUUUUAGAAGUUUUGAUCUGAACUUCCUGUUUUAGCACUUCCUGUUUCCUGUUAGUGAUUUAUUCUCAGAUGGUUUGUUCAUGUUCGGCCUCUUGUCCGUUAAUCUAAAGCCGAGACGUCUUUCUACAUCAGGAACUUCCUGUCUGUGUUUCUCACCUGUCGGGUGAACGCUACCUUUAAAGCCUGAUGCGUUCACUGACGUCAGGUUUGAUCUACCUCUGUGUCCGACUCGUGUCUUCUUUCAGCCUCUCAAUCAUUAAAGACUCCUGGAUGUGUUUCAUGUUUCCAUACGGUACAAUCCCGCUCUGAAAGCUUUGUUCUGAACCAAAGUUUUUAUAAACUGCUGAAUAAAAACCCAAAUAAUGAUUCUGAAGAUGAAGUGAUGACUUUAAUCUCGUCCAUGUCCUCUGGGACUGGGAUUUAAGAAAGCAUGUUGGGUUUUAACACCAGGGGGCCGAUGUGGCAGCUUUGAAUGUCGGGUAAUAAACGUGAUGAUUAAAAUCCCA